GACUGUGUGCGCCCUGGCUGCGACCUGCACUUCCGGUGCUGCCUGGGGACCUCGGGGUCGCGGCCCGGGGUGCAGCGGCGGGUGGGCCGGGCCGAUGUCGGCCCCCGAGAGCAGGUCGGUUUUCCAGGCUGCUCUGGACCCCGUUCUCCUGCACGGGCUGUCCCUCGUCAGCGGGUUCGCUGCGAAUCCCUCGGCUGCCGAGCCAGCGCCUGCAGGGCACGAGAAACCUGCGGCCACCCGUGGGGGGGAGAAAGCCAGCACAGUCCCCGAGGUGCCGGAGCGGAUGUGCUGCUUAACCUGCGGCCAGGAGUUCAGCAGCCGGGAGGAGCAGACGGAGCACUACCGACUUGAUUGGCACCGCUUCAACCUGAAGCAGCGACUCCGAGGCCGCCGGGCACUGCCUGUGGAAGAAUUUGAGGAGAAGAGCAGAGCAGGUGAUAUUUCCAGCAUCUCAGGGUCUGAUUCAGAGAGCUCUGAUGCAAGCAGUGAGUCAGAAUCGCCUCCCCCUGCCAGCAACAACCCUGCCACCUCCCAGCAUCCCCGCUCCCACAAGGUGCUGCUCCGCAAUGCAAAGGGACAGCUCAUCUCUGCCUAUCGCUGCAUACUGAGCACUGGGAAGGGUGGCAGCGAGGAGCCAGAAGAGCUGAUAGCAUCACUGCAGAGCCUCAGUGCAAGCACAUGCUGGGUUGUACUGAUGAUGGGCGGCGGGCACUUUGCAGGAGCUGUGUUCCGUGGCUCCCAGGUGCAGGAACACAAGACCUUCCACCGCUACACUGUGCGAGCCCGGCGGGGCACAGCCCAGAGCCUACGGGAUGCCCAGACCCCAGGGUCAGCACCCAGAUCAGCAGGAGCCUCCCUGCGGCGUUACAACGAAGCUGCACUGCUGAAGGAUAUUCAGGACCUGUUGGCAGCUUGGGCAGAGCACCUGAAGGAAGCUCAGCGCAUCUUUCUCCGAGCCCCUCGUCACAACCGGGCACUGCUUUUUGAUAGCAGGAACCCCCACAUUAGUCGGGGAGACCCCCGUGUCUGCCACAUCCCCCUCAGCACACGCAGGGCCACCCUGAGGGAGGUGCUGCGAGUCCAUGCUGCGCUGUCCAGCCUGCAGGUGUUCGGGAAGGACACACCACUGGAGGACAUCACAGGGUCCCCACGGAAAGUCUGGCAGAAGAAGCAGCGGGCAGCUGAGACGGAUUCCCUGCAGGUGGACACAGCCCCUGUCCUUUCACCCCCAUCAGCCCCAGACGAGGAGGAGGAAGAAGAGGAGGAAGAGAGUCCAGCAGGGGAACUGGAAACUGUGGAAGUGACCCUGGGGACCUUGGACCUCCGGGAGUUUGAAGUGAUGCCCAAACGAAACCGCAAAAGGAGGAAGAAAAGGAAUAAAAAGAUGGAGAAUGGGCUCCACGCCAAAGAGACAGGCUGCUGUGGAACCCAGGGCGGGCAGCCCAGCCUGGAGCUGGUUACAGAGCUGCAGGGGAAGCCUGGGGCUGAGCCCCUUCCCUGGGAGACUGCAGGAGACCCUCAGACCCAGCUCCGUGAUGCCCUGUUCACAGCCUGCAAGACAGGCGAUGUGGGGACACUGCGGCACCUCCUGGGUGUGCCAGAGAGCAGGGGCCCACUGGAGGACAGCAAGGAUGGAGAUGAUGAACAACCCCUGGAUCUGCCCCACUCCCUGCUCAACCAGCCUCUGGAUGAGCAUGGCUUCACCCUGCUUCAUGUGGCUGCACGUGCAGGGAGGGCUGAGGCUGUGUGCCUGCUGCUGGAAGCAGGGGCUGACCCUGCACUCAGAGACAGGCAGGAGAGGACCCCUUACUGCGUCUCUGCUGACAAACCAACACGCAAUGCCUUCCGCAAAUUCAUGGUGGACCACCCAGACAAGUAUGACUACAGCCGUGCCAAGGUUCCUGGCCCCCUGACUCUGGAGAUGGAAGCCAAGAAGCUGGAGAAAAAGCGGGCACAGAAAGCCCAGCGGAAGCAACGGGAGCAGGCACAGCAGGAGGAACGGCAGCGCUUGGAGCAGGAGCAGGAGGAGAAGCAGCAGUUUGCAGCCCUGUCUGAUAGGGAGAAGAGGGCCCUAGCAGCUGAGCGGAGGCUGGCUGAACAGAUGAAGAAUGGCAGCACAGCUCUUUCCAACAUCAGCCGCUGCUGGUACUGUGGGGAGUCCCUGCUGGGCCGGAUCCCAUUCCAUUACCUCGAUUUCUCCUUCUGCUCCACGACCUGCCUGCAAACCCACCGCCGGGCCCGGGCCAGCCAUACAUAAAGGCUGGGGGCUGCCAUCAUCAGCCAGGGACCCACAUGGUGGAGAUAUGGCUGAGCACUGGCUGUGCAGCAACGGAGAGCCUGUAGAGCAGUGCUGGUAAGAGGGACUGAGCUGGUCUCACCACUCACUGCAGCAGUUUUUGCAAGACUGGGCAGCUGCUGCAUGAAUGUGACUAAAGGUAGUAACAAGCAAGGCCUGCACGUGUUAGUGCAAAAGACCAAGACUGCUCUGUAGUCUGGUUCCAGCUAGGAGGUCCUAUUGCCUGCUUUUCUGAUGGGUACCUUGCAGGCUGCUGCUUGGGGUGGUAGCACAGAUCCUGAUCUGUACAAACCCUGCGGCCUUGAGCCCCCAUGCCUGCAGGUAUCUUCUCACCUGUAUCUUGACCUUUCCUCUCCUGGAAGCCACUGAGUCUCAGCCAUAUCAUGUUAAUAACUACCUCCUCUGCCUGCAUUGUCAAUAAAGAGGUGCCUUCAA